AUGAAUUCUGACUCCAGCUCUGUCUCCAGCAGAGCUUCCUCGCCAGACAUGGAUGAGAUGUACCUGAGAGACCACCACCACCACCACCACCAUCACCACCACCAAGACAGCCGGCUCAACUCCGUCUCCUCCACCCAGAACGACCUGGUGCAGAAGAUGUCCGGGGAAGGCCUCUCCAGGAACGGCUCCAAGGCCGGAGGGGAAGGCAGCAAGUACAAAAUCAAGAAGCAGCUCUCGGAGCAGGACCUGCAGCAGCUGCGGCUGAAGAUCAACGGCCGGGAGCGUAAGAGGAUGCACGACCUCAACCUCGCCAUGGACGGGCUGCGGGAGGUGAUGCCCUACGCCCACGGACCUUCCGUGAGAAAACUCUCCAAAAUCGCCACCCUCCUGCUAGCCAGAAACUAUAUCCUGAUGCUCACCAGCUCCCUGGAGGAGAUGAAGAGGCUGGUGGGGGAAAUCUACGGGGGGCACCACUCGGCCUUUCACUGCGGCACGGUGGGACACUCCGCCGGGCACCCGCCCCACACCGCCGGCACCGUGCACCAGGUGCACCCCAUCCUCGGCAGUGCCUUGUCCUCCGCCAACACCUCCUCCUCCCUCUCCGCCUCCCUGCCGGCCAUCGGCACCAUCCGGCCCCCCCACUCCCUGCUCAAGACCCCCUCGACCCCCCCCGCCCUGCAGCUCGGCAGCGGCUUCCAGCACUGGGCGGGCUUGCCGUGCCCCUGCACCAUCUGCCAGAUGCCCCCCCCGCCCCACCUCUCGGCCCUCACCGCCUCCAACAUGGCCAGGAUCUCGGGGGAGACCAAGGACCUCCUGAAGUGA